AUGCCUCCUCCAGUAGAGGAUGUGUCCGACGAGGAGUCUGGUGAUAUUCCUUUCAGCAAUGCGCCAAAGGGCGACGACAAGCAAGAGGAUGGCGAAAAUCAAGGAAGCGACGCCGAUGAGGACGACGAAGACGAUGACAACUACGUUGUGGAGAAGAUUGUCAGACACGACUGGCUCGAUGAUGGUACCCUUAAGUUCUUCGUGAAAUGGCAAGGAUAUGACGCUAUUAAAGACCACACGUGGGAGGAAGAAGAAAACCUUAUGGAGGGAGCUUCUGAGAUCCUCCAUUCAUAUUACGACAAGGUCGGUGGUCGCCCGGAAAGGAACGCAGAGAAGCCGAAGCCAGGCCGCAAGCGCAAGUCCAUGGGUGACGCAAGCUCGAAGACCGCAACUCCCACCAAAACCCCAGCUCCUGCAGCCAAGAGAGGCCGAAAGUCAGCGGCAUCAAAAUUGGCCGAGAAGUCCCCAGAGAGUUCCAUUCCACCCGAGGACGACGUCAGCUGGUUGCCAAAGGGCAAGUGGGACAAGGAGCUCAAGGAAGUCUCGACAAUUCAACAAGGGAAGGAGAAUGAGGGCUUGUUUGCGUAUCUCCUAUUCAAGAACGGGAAAACGGCCCGGGUGAGCGUCCAGGCAUGCUAUGAGAAGUGUCCCAGAAGGAUGCUUGAAUUUUACGAAAAACAUCUUGUCUUCAAGCAAGAGGGUGAGGAAUAG